UCCCGAUCGGGCGACAAAUAGAGAAAACAAUAACCGCCGCCGCAUAUAAUGCUGCGAGAUGGAGCAGAAUUAAGCAGCUGAGAUCGACGACUGACUGAGAAGACAUGAUCAUGCUGCCCCGCGGCGCCAUUGACAAAAGCAUCAGCCACAUCCUGGCAGGGGCGACGCUCUCAAGUCUCGGCGUAUGGCAUCUCUUCAACCACAUCAGGCUCUUCGUCUCCCUCGCCCCGGCAUCAUCGCACGUCGCGCCGGCAUGGUUCCCCGCGCCACGGGUCCGGCACCUCGAGCUCAUCGCCAUGCUCGCAGCUGGAGCCUACGGGUUCGCCACCCAGAUGCUCGCCUACUCCCCGAUGCCGUUCGGCGCCGACGGCUCCAUCCCGCCGGAACGCCUGCCCAACCACGAGCACGCCGUCCUCUACGCCUCGCUCAUCGUCUACGCCGGCUCCGCCAUGUAUCUCGACCGGCACCGGCACCGGCACCGGCACCGCCGCCACGCGGCGCUCUGCAUGCUCCUCCUCGCGGCGGUCUACGCCCAGGAGCUGUUCGUCUUCCACGUCCACUCCACCGACCACGCCGGCGUCGAGGGCCGGCUCCACUGGUUCCUGCAGGCCUCCGCCGCCGCGUGCCUCGCCACCGCGCUCCUCGGCGCCGGCCGCCUCCCCGCGGAGCUCCACUUCGCGGUGAGCCUCGUCCGGUCCGCGUCGCUCGCGUUCCAGGGGCUGUGGGGCGUCGUCAUCGGCGUCGCGUGGAUCCCCGGGAUGGCUCCCAAGGGAUGCUCCCUCGACGACGCAGGCAUCAACCUGCGCUGCCGCAGCGACGACAGCCUGCACCACGCCAUGGCUGUCGUCAACCUGCAGUUCGCGUGGUGCAUGGUCCUCGUGACGCUCUUCGUCCUCGUGCUUUACGUGUACGUGUGCAACAACUAUCCAGCUGGUGGGUCGUCUGGGGAGGCAACCACCACCAACGUCGUAUACGGCCGGCUGCCGGAAGCGGAAGCGGCAGACGAGGACGACGACCAUCACAACUGUAAGCAGGCGGUGCAUGACGUCACGCCCAUGGAGAUCGAGGUCUAAAUCAAAUUAACGGCAGCAAAUCGUAUACUUACGGACUAGUAUGGAACCAUGCUAAUAAGUUGUGUCAAUUUCAAUAAGUCUUUUUACUAUGCACAUGGAAGAAUAUAUCUUUUGUAUCCGUAAAAGACUACUUUAUUUCGAGAUAAUUGACGGUAUGAAUAC